GACUGCGGCCGGUCAGUCAAUCGUCAGAUAUUCUAAGAAUUAUUUUCCGUGUACGAAAUUACUACUCACUGUGAACAAAUGGUGUCUUAUCGGACUAAAGGUCAAACGAGAUUACUUCAACGAACGUAUUUAGCUAUACAUGCUGUGCAUAUUUUGUUUUCACAAGAACAGUUGAGUGAGAACCGUUUCAGAGAAGUCGUUCUGUGUGAAACAUUUCUAUACAAAACUAUAUUUUGCAGAAAUGAAAUUUUGGAUCUUAAAUUGUGUCAUUGGUUUGGUGUAUUUGUUUGUUUUUUGUGAUGCGAGUAAACACAAAUUUGGCCAACAUGUUGAAUAUGGAAUGUAUCAAUCUUAUCAAAGGACUCUGAUAAACGAUAUUAAUAAGGCUCCGAAAAAUUAUACGAUAAUUUACCAGUAUUUCGGAGCUAAAAACAAAGAAGUUGCAUACUUGGAGUUUGAUAUAAAUGUGAAAAGCGAAGGUUCCGUGUCCUCCUCCUAUGGUAAAAAGAUUGAAGCUAAAAUUCACAUAAACAAUGCGUUAAACGUUACUGCCAAUAUUUACAUUUAUACAAUGGGACUAUCAGUAAUGCCACAAUUUAAUUUUUACCGCGAACAUUACGACACCAAGAGCAUAACCUUUGUACACAAGAAAAAUGCUGAUUCAUCGAAAAAACAGUUAUUCGCUCAAAAUGCAAUAGGACGACGUCGGAAAGGAGAUUCGUUACUUCACUUUGAAAGUCGAAACAUAACGAAUAGUAGCCGCUUCCCGAGCCGAGCCUUUGAAUAUACGGGAUCUGAUUUCAUUACGUACGUUGGAUUCUCCUUUAAUUCGCCUACGGCAAUGGCUAUGAUUAAUACAUCGUACGUUGGCGAACAAGAAUUCAACGCAGUUGCAUAUGAUAUGAACACCGAACAUUUCAUAGCAAAUAUGUCGGUUUAUGGUAUCAAAGAGCGUGCACUCCAAAGACCAUUCCAAUUUGAAGGUGUAAUAUAGGUGCUGGUAAAUGGAUGACACGAUUGAACCGCUGCGACCGCUGAGAUUUUAUAAAAUAAAAAAGGAUUUGAAAGAAGUCUGAGUCGACUUUUUUGUAAAAAAAACGAAGGAAUUAAUAGCUAGAAUAAAAUUAACCUUUCACAGGCAGUAAGUGAAUAAACGGUAUAUUUUGCGGA